UCUGUUUCGACGACACACGGAUGUUCAACAACGGAGUGUCCCUCUGGACGUAGGCUGGAGCGGAAGCUCAUAGCGGUGCCUGGCCAAGCUCGUAAGUUACUGCAUGCCUCGCCUCAACCUCUAUCCCGCCCGGCGCUUCACGGGGACGGGGAGUCGAACAAGUGCGAGCGAGAGCACAAGCGUCCUGCAGUCGAGGUGCCGCGGGGGCACCGCAGGUGGGCGCUGGGGCGCCGCCAGUGGUGAAACGAUGCCACAGAAUGCAAAUAAGACCGUGUCCAAUGACGCAGGGCUGAUGCCCUGCAAACUCUCCAGCCCAAUGAAUUAACACCAUGAGCCCCUGGCCCCCGACGCAGGUCUCGACAAGAGGCAAAACGUUGCCGCGGAGCUUUUCUACAUCGCACUACUGCUCGCAGCGAGAGGUCCGCUCCGAGAGGAGCGGGCGCGCACCCCGCGGGCACUUCGGCUCUCCCGUGUGCCCACCCGAGCGCCGCCUCUCACAUCGACGCUUGCAACCGUAGCAACCGAUUGCCGCUGCGCCCUCGGCGCUGCUUCUCACUGCGCAGAGUGCGUAAAUGCUACCAGAAGGACCCAUGAGAACGCCAGAACCACGCACACUCGGUCCCCCAAUAGAGGUACUGCGCAUCAUUGUGAACCUAUAAAAUGUAAAGAGGGUGACGAUUCCAGCGGCUAAAACAUUCACAAUGCUCCUGUAUCAGUGUGUCUGGAAAACGCGUAUUCACAUUGAACAGAAUCACAAUGGCCAGUCCCAAUAGCUCGGCACCAGGAUCGUUCCGCAUGAACGGCACAGAAUAAUCGCCAUCUUUCCACUUCUGUGCGUAACGCCUUAUGCUUAACACGGGGUCCAUGAUUUGCACGAGCCAAAUCGUUGCAGCACCAAGAACUUUACCGUUGACAGCAACACCAGACCAGAUCGUGUCCACUUUCAGCGGUCGAGGAAAUCCGAAAAUGGGCUCAGGGAACGAACCAAACGCAAAUGCGAUAUAUAUAUAUAUAUAUCCUUCAAGAGUCUCGAUGCCGAUGAGCGAAUCGGCGUCAACCAAUACUCUCAGCAACUCCAUCAUGCUCCGGCCAUUCAAUCCGUCUGCUUUCACCUCUUCGAGUACCUCGUUCUGUUUGGAUUCGUACUCUUCAACUGCAGCCUCGUCAUCCCCUCGCAUCAUAUGCUUCUUCUGUCGGAUGGAUCUCAUAUUCUUCAAGGCACAAUCCCUGCUGCGAGGUCCGAACAUUCCGCGACACUGCUUGCAGCACGUCUCAUGUGCCUUGUAAGCCGUCCAGCCGCAACCAUGAGAGCAUGGUCGCCGCCUCAUUCGGUGGGACACGAUACUAUUAUCAGGCGUGUCUGCGUCAAGCAUCACGCCAUCCACAGCGGGGGGCUCGGUUGAAGAACUCGCUGCGCCGAUGAUCAUAUCGCCCACAGACGUUGCGUCGAUCAUCGCACCGUCCACAGCCUUAGGCAUGGCCUGACAGCGCAGUCGGUGGCUCAACGCGAAAAGAAGCGUGCCGAACUGCCAGAGCAAGAAAUAGCUUGAGCCAAAGUGGCUACGGACC